AUGCGUUCCACUCUUUACGGCCUCGCGGCCCUGCCGCUUGCGGCUCACGCCCUCGAAUUCAUCGACGACACAAUCGCCCAGCAGAAUGGAAUUAUGCGAUAUGCUCUUACCACCACCAAGGGUGCCACCUCGAAGCACCUUCACAGGCGCCAGGAUAGCGCCGAUCUGCAGUCCCAGCAGACUGGUUACUUCUACAGCAUCCAACUCGAGAUUGGCACACCACCGCAGGCAGUGAGCGUCAAUUUCGAUACUGGCUCCUCCGAGCUCUGGGUCAACCCCGUGUGCAGCAAGGCAACGGACCCUGCCUUUUGCAAGACAUUUGGCCAAUACAACCUUUCCACGACCUAUGUCGACGCCAAGGCUCCCGGAGGUAUCAAAUAUGGUACCGGCUUCGUUGAUUUCAACUACGGCUACGACUAUGUCCAGCUCGGCUCUCUGCGAAUCAACCAGCAGGUCUUCGGUGUUGCCACUGACAGCGAGUUUGCUUCCGUUGGUAUCCUCGGUGCCGGCCCCGACCUGAGCGGCUGGACAAGCCCCUACCCCUUUGUCAUUGACAACCUGGUCAAGCAAGGCUUCAUCAAGAGCAGGGCUUUCAGUCUCGACAUCCGUGGCCUCGACAGCGACCGAGGCUCCGUCACCUAUGGUGGAAUCGACAUCAAGAAGUUCUCUGGCCCCCUUGCCAAGAAGCCCAUCAUCCCCGCCGCCCAGUCUCCCGAUGGCUACACCCGCUACUGGGUCAACAUGGACGGCAUGACCAUCACCAAGGAGGAUGGAUCCAAGGUUGAGAUCUUCGACAAGCCCAACGGCCAGCCGGUUCUCCUCGACAGCGGCUACACCGUCAGCACGCUCCCCGGUCCCUUGAUGGACAAGAUCCUCGAGGCCUUCCCCUCGGCCCGUCUGGAGUCCACCUCCGGCGACUACAUCGUGGACUGCGACAUCAUCGACACCCCCGGCCGUGUCAACUUCAAGUUUGGCAACGUUGUGGUCGACGUUGAGUACAAGGACUUCAUCUGGCAGCAGCCCGACCUGGGCAUCUGCAAGCUCGGUGUCUCCCAGGACGACAACUUCCCUGUUCUGGGCGACACCUUCCUGCGCGCUGCCUACGUCGUCUUUGACUGGGACAACCAGGAGAUCCACAUUGCUGCCAACGAGGACUGUGGUACCGAGCUGAUCCCCAUCGGCUCCGGCGCCGACGCCGUCCCGGCUUCUGCCAUUGGCAAGUGCGCUUCCUCCACCGACCCCAACGCGACCACCUCUGCCGAGGCGACCACGGCUACCUCUGCCGCCGCCGAGACGUCUGAGCUGGCCACCACCACCUCCGAGGCUGCCUCGACUUCUGCCGCCGAGACCACCAGCGUGCCGUUGACCACUGCGCCCGCCACCACCGGAGCUCUGCCCACGACCUCUCACCGAUUCAGCAACGGCACUGCCCCCUACCCCAUCCCGAGCCUCAGCUCCGUUGCCGCCGCCGGCUCUAGCUCCGUCCUCUCCGAGUCCAGCACCGGCGCUGCCGCUGCCGGCACCACCUCCGCGGCCGCUGCCUCUGGCACUGUCACUGGCUCUGGCUCUGGCUCCGCCACCACGCCCGCCCCGACCUACACGUCGACCUUCACCACCACCAACGUGUACACCGUUACCUCGUGCCCGCCCUCGGUCACCAACUGCCCCGUUGGCCACGUCACGACUGAGGUUGUCAUGGCGUACACGACCUGGUGCCCC